AUGGGCAACGACUUUGUGUUUAUCAAUGUCAAAGAGCCCAAAGAUGCCCUCCAGCUCGCCAAGGAGCCGGAGAUCCGCUCCCACCUGACGCGCCGUCAAUGGCAGCAAUUCGACAAUCGCAAGACGACUCGGAGAGAGGACGCGCAGUCCCUGUGCCUCGGAGCGGAGUGUCUUGCCACCCAGCUACCAGUAGCUGAAGCACAGCACGAGGAAAUGCUCCCAUCGUUGACCAUCCCACCUCAGCUAGGAGGACUACGCGUGGAUCCUUUCCGAUCGUAUCCCGUCGCAUGGCGGCCGUACAUGCCCCUGUUCGUGGACCACUACCUAAUGAGCAUGGCGGUUGACAUCCCCGAGCUCGACCAGCCGGGCAACCGCGGCCUCCUACGAUCGCGCUGGUUCCCGCUGGUGAUGACCGAGCCCGCACUCUUCCUCGUCAUCCUGCUGCUCUCCGCCUCGCAUUAUGCAUCGGUGCAGACGAAUUCGACGGAGCACCGACUGAACCUGCUCAAUCUGCGGUGGGAGGCCGUCCGCGCCAUCAACCAUGCGCUCGCGGGCCAGCAGCAGCCCUGCGCCGUCAGCGACGCGCUCCUGGGCGCGAUCGCCAAAAUGGCCAGCUACGAGGCCAUGUUCGGGAAUAUGGACAACUACCGCGUGCAUAUGGAGGGCCUCGUGCGGGCCGUCGCCCUGCGCGGCGGGCUCCCGUCGCUCGGGCUUAAUGGGCUGCUCCGGCGCAUUGUGGUCUGGAUCGACCGUAACGCCGCCUUCCUACACGGCUCCGUGCUGUAUUUCCCUGGCGCUACGUUUGUUCCGGGGCAGCCGCUGCCGGACCCGAAUCCGGGGCACUUUCUGGGCGCUUCGUAG